UCGGUUCCGGUCCGGCGGGCGGCCGGCGUGCUGCGCGUGCGCGUGCGUGCGCGUCCGGAAGGCGCGAUGGCGGCGGCGGCGGUGAGCGGCGCCAAGCGCAGGCUGCGGGCCGAGCUGCGGCGGCGUCUGGCCGCGCUGAGCGCUGAGGAGCGGCGGCGCCAGUCGCGCCUGCUGACGCAAAAGGUCCUUGCCCACAGUCAGUAUCAGAAGUCCAAAAGAAUUUCCAUCUUUCUGAGCAUGCAAGAUGAAAUUGAGACAGAAGAGAUCAUCAAGGACAUUUUCCAACAAGGCAAAACGUGCUUCAUCCCUCGGUACCAGUUCCGGAGUAAUCACAUGGAUAUGGUAAAGUUAGCAUCACCCGACGAAAUCUCUUCACUUCCAAAAACGUCCUGGAAUAUUCAUCAGCCGGCCGAGGAUGAUGUCCGUGAGGAGGCUUUGUCGACAGGGGGCCUUGAUCUCAUCUUCAUGCCCGGCCUGGGAUUUGACAAGCAGGGCAACCGGCUGGGCCGGGGCCGGGGCUAUUACGAUGCCUACCUGCAGCGCUGCCUGCAGCUGCCAGGCCCGACGCCCUACACCAUCGCCCUGGCCUUCAAGGAGCAGAUCUGCCACCAGAUCCCAGUGGGCGAGCAUGACAUGAGGGUGGACGAAGUCCUCUGUGAAGACCCCUGUGAGGCAGAGGACAACGCCCUCGGUGAAGCGCCUUGAGCCAGAUGACCAUGCUGAGCAACAGCUGAAGAGAAUAUGUGUUCCCUUGUCAAAGUUGAAAUUGCUCAUUAAAGUGAACAUGGACUGUG